AUGACUGACUGUGAGCUCAUGUAUAUCCACUCUCUGGCUGAGGACUAUCCUCAGUGUGUCCUGCAGGUGCCCGCUUUAGAAUCGGCUCCAAGCAAAACAUCCAGAGUGCUACAAAGAGUUGCUUUCUCAGCUCAAAAAAAAGUGGAAAAGAAUCUGAAACUAUACUUGGAUGGUUUUGAUGUGGGAUCCAUAGAUGCUGCCAGAACUAUAUUCAAUCAAGUGAUGGAAAAAGAAUUUGAAGACGGCAUCAUUAACUGGGGAAGGAUUGUGACUGUAUUUGCCUUUGGAGGUGUUCUCCUCAAAAAACUCCCACAAGAGCAGAUUGGCAUGGAUGCUGGUGCUUUCAAGCAAGUUUCCAGUUUUGUGGCUGAAUUCAUAAUGAAUAACACAGGAGAAUGGAUACAGCAGAAUGGAGGCUGGGAAGAUGGCUUCAUGAAGAAGUUUGAACCUAAAUCUGGCUGGCUGACCUUUCUGGAAAUGACAGGGCACAUCUGGGAUAUGCUUUUUCUCCUCAAGCAACACUACUGA